UCCCGGACUUCCUCGGUGAGUGGAAUGGCGUCGAGCCUUUCGGCGAACGACUAACGGAAAUUCGGCUGUUAAUUGAGCAGAAUGGAGGAGCAACUGUUCAUGCUGAGAUAACAGCAACCCUGAACUCCUGUGAUAAUUAACCAAGAAUCACUUUAUUUGUACAACCUCACUUACGAAGAAGAAAAUGGCUUUUGCUGAGUUUUCUUUUCAUGUGCCAAGUCUGGAGGAGCUUGCUGGAGUUAUGCAGAAAGGACUGAAAGAUAACUUUGCAGAUGUCCAGGUCUCUAUAGUUGAUUGCCCUGACUUGACUAAGGAACCAUUUACCUUUCCCGUAAAAGGCAUCUGUGGGAAAACUAGAAUUGCAGAAGUAGGAGGUGUGCCGUACUUAUUGCCUCUUGUAAACCAGAAAAAAGUUUAUGAUGUGAAUAAAAUUGCAAAAGAAAUCAAGCUGCCUGGAGCUUUUAUUCUUGGAGCAGGGGCAGGUCCAUUUCAGACUCUUGGGUUUAAUUCUGAGUUUAUGCCAAUUAUUCAAACAGAAAGUGAACACAAACCUCCUGUGAAUGGAAGUUACUUUGCCCGUGUUAACCCUGCAGAUGGAGGGUGCCUACUAGAGAAAUACAGUGAGAAAUAUCAUGAUUUUGGGUGUGCACUACUGGCUAAUCUUUUUGCCAGUGAAGGCCAACCUGGCAAGGUCAUUGAGGUGAAAGCAAAAAGAAGAACUGGACAUCUUAAUUUUGUGACUUGUAUGAGACAGACUCUGGAAAAACAUUAUGGAGAUAAACCCGUAGGGAUGGGAGGUACUUUUGUAAUUCAGAAAGGAAAAGUGAAGUCUCACAUUAUGCCAGCAGGAUUUUCUUCCUGCCCCUUGAACUCAGAUGAAGAUGUGAAUAAAUGGCUUCAUUUUUAUGAGAUGAAUGCUCCUUUAGUUUGUCUGCCAGUUUUCGUCUCCAGAGACCCAGGUUUUGAUUUGCGACUGGAGCACACUCACUUUUUUAGUCAUCAUGGAGAAGGUGGACACUACCAUUAUGACACUACCCCAGAUACAGUGGAAUAUCUUGGAUACUUCUUACCUGCAGAAUUUCUGUAUCGUAUUGAUCAACCAAAAGAGACCCAUACAAUUGGACGAGAUUAAAUCAGCUGAUACUCAUUUAGAAAAA